GUGAAGACCACAACAUACCAUUCGUUCCUCGAACUCAAGUGUUAUGGCACGUGUGAUUGUUACAGGCGCGUCUGGUGUCCUCGGAUCCGCCGUCUACGCCGCCUUCAAAUCGGCUGGCCAUACUGUUCUCGGACUCGCCCACUCUCGUCCCACAGAUGAGCUCAAGAAGCUCGAUUUGUUGGAUGAGGACGCGACAGAGAGUUACUUCGCCGAAUUCAAGCCCGAUUGGGUUAUCCAUUGUGCCGCGGAGCGACGUCCGGACGUUGCGGAGAAGGAUCCUGAAGCUGCACGCAAGAUCAAUGUCUCUGUGCCUGAGCAUCUAGCGAACCUCUCAAAGAAGCUGAAGUUUAAGCUCGUCUAUAUAUCCACUGACUAUGUAUUCGACGGGACGUCUCCACCAUACCCGCCCUCAGCACCAACCAACCCGCUCAACUUGUACGGCACCACCAAGCGCGACGGAGAGCUUGCCGUCCUUGGCGUUUCAGGCUCUCAGUCGAUCGUACUCCGCGUGCCCGUCUUAUAUGGUCCCGCACCAAACAACACAGACAGCGCUGUCAACAUCUUGCUCAACGUUGUCGCAGACCGGAGCGGGAAGCAGUACAAGAUGGACCACUACGCGACACGCUUCCCCACUAACGUGCUAGACAUCGCGGACUUCCUCGCCCGUCUUAUCAAUGUUCCUCCCACGCGAGCUAUCCCACCAAUCCUGCACUACUCUGCUGCGGAGCCGUUCACGAAGUAUGAGAUGUGCCUGAUCUUCGCCAAGAUCCUCGGUGUACCUCACGGGCACAUCAUCCCAGAUGCGGAGCCCCCGAAGGAUGGAACGCCCCGACCGCAGAACACGCAGUUGUACGUGCACGAGACGGAAGACCUCAUGGAGGGCUUUGGUGGGCUCGGGUGGAACCCGUUCGAGGAGUGGUGGACGGAAUAUCUGAAGAAGUCUCAGUAAGCGUGAGUGGAGAAGCAGACACUUGUAAAGAUACAGUCAUACACGGGUCCUCGGGACACCAUGGCCCGUCCUCGGGACACUGCGCGUUUUCUGACCCUCCCUCUAUCCUACUGCCUCAGAUUUUUGUAUAUACCUAUAUAGACUUCUUACAGCUCACCUCUCCUCAAAUUUCGUCAGAGGCGACCCAGAAGUGAAGUCACCAGCCCAGUUUCUGUACAGGAUUUACACGAAAAC